AAAAGAUGAAAAAAUUGUUACCAUCACAUUAACAUGCCGCCAAACUCAACUGAACCCUGAAAUUCUUCUUCCCAGUAAUGUAGACCACCCCUCAAUCUCUCUCCAUUUCCCUCAUCUUCUUCAUUGCACAAUCAUCUUCUAAACCUGGAAAACAAAGAGAAAUUCCAAUUAAAAACAUAGGAUGAUAUUAUCUCAUCUCCCCAAACUUCAAACCCAAUUUCUCCUCCCUCUAAAACCCAAAACCCCUAAACCCCAUUUCAAUCAAUACCUCCUCCAAUUUCGCCAAUCCCCAAUUUACUCUCUUUUCUCUUCAUUAUCCCCUGUUCUCCCUACCCGAAACCCUAAAUCCCCAAAUUUACUCCCACAACAAUCAAUUAUUGAUGAUAUUGAUGAUGAUGAACAACCCCAGAUUGAGAUUUCUGUAGAUAAGCUGUUUGUGCCCCCAGAAACUGACAUUUCUUCAUUAAUAUCAAAGGUUUCGGGUUCGGUUUCGGCUUCGAGUGCUCGAAUUUUAAAGGGGUCUAACAUUGUGCUUAGCAAGUAUGCUAGUAAUGCUCAAGUGAUAAACGCUGAGUUUGUGAAGAGUAGUUCGAAAAAUGAGGAGUGCCCUUCUGAUGGGUUGCCUGAAUUUGCCCUUGUUGGAAGGUCUAAUGUGGGUAAAUCUUCGCUUCUUAAUUCCCUUGUUCGGAGAAAGAAGCUUGCCCUUACUUCUAAGAAGCCUGGUAAGACUCAAUUGAUUAACCAUUUUCGGAUCAAUGAUAGCUGGUAUCUGGUGGAUUUGCCUGGAUAUGGGUUUGCAGCUGCACCCGGGGAAGUCCGAAUAGAGUGGGACAAGUUCACUAAGAACUACUUUCUUCAGAGAUCAACCUUGGUUUCAGUAUUCCUUCUCAUUGAUGCAAGCAUUCCUGCCAAAAAGAUUGAUCUUGAAUAUGCGAGUUGGUUGGGUCAAAAUAAGAUUCCAAUGACAAUAGUGUUCACCAAAUGUGACAAGAGGAAAAAGAAGAAAAAUGGGGGUAAAAGGCCAGAAGAAAAUGUACAAGAUUUUCAGGAAUUGAUACGUGAGUUCUUUGAAGCAGCACCUCCUUGGAUAAUGACCAGCAGUGUCACCAAUCAAGGCCGAGAUGAAAUAUUGUUGCACAUGGCACAAUUACGGAACUAUUGGCUGAAGCACUAAAAAUUGAAGAUGCAUUGUCAUUUCAUCAAUAGAUUGUCAUGGGUAUAGUGUUGAAGUGUUGAGCCAGGAUCUAUGAUGGUUGAAAUUUGAAAGAUUGUUUAAGCAGCAUGGCUUGGAUACAUACAAAACUAAGUUCUUCCCCAAAAUUGUUUCCUUCCAAAUUAUCACUCUGCGGUCACGUAAUUUCUACCCAAUGCAUGGUCCAUUUAGUUGAUAUGCUGUAACACACCUGCCUUUCCGUCCUAUAACAGCAUAAGCAACCAUCUUUAACCAAUUAUAAAGUUACAUAGAAGUAGCUCUGAUACCAUAAUACUCUGUAAUUGCUAAUCCUUUACACUUGUAAUCUCUUGCUACACUCUUUUUUCUAGUAAUGUUGUCUCUUCGUGAUAUACGGAAUAUUCUUUAUGAAGUUUUUAUAGGUUACUAAUUUUGCACUUUUGCCUUCAUUGGGUAACUUUUAGAAGAUACUCACAUAUUGUCAUCUAGUUUGCUAUCAUUUUGUUGUGAAUUGCAAUGUGCUUGAGCAUGCAGGUAUUGCUAUGAACAAUGUGAAGUACCAACUACCAAGUACAUUGUGUAUGUUUUUUUUUUUUUUUUUUUUUUUUGGAGGGAAAGUACAUUGUGUAUGUAAUAAUUUCCAUUAUAUUUCACACAUGUUUUUUUUAUACUUUCUUCGUUUGUAUUAAAAUUUGUGAAAUAUUUCCUCUGUU